AACCAGUACGACAUGCGGUACUUCUCAACCCGUGGCGGCGAUGCCGAACUAUCGUUUGAAGAGGCAGUCCUCACUGGCCUUGCUCCAGACGGCGGUCUUUAUAUCCCUGACCACGUCCCUCAACUCCCUUCCAGCUGGCAAGAGGACUGGGCGUCGCACUCCUUCGCGGAUCUCGCAGUUGCAGUGCUGUCGUUGUACAUCUCAGAGGACGAGAUCAACCGGGACGAGCUGCGAUCUCUGGUAGAAAAGAGCUACUCCACGUUUAGGCAUCCAGACGUUACUCCCUUGAAGCAACUGGACGAUGAGACGUACAUACUGGAGCUGUUCCAUGGCCCGACGUUCGCCUUCAAAGACGUGGCGCUGCAGCUUCUCGGGAACCUUUUCGAGUUCUUCUUGAAGAGGCGGAACGCGCGGAAAAGCGCAGGCGAAGCAGAGGAAAGGCUGACAGUCGUGGGGGCUACCAGCGGAGACACCGGGAGUGCCGCGAUCUACGGUCUUCGCGGAAAGGCCAACGUUUCCAUCUUCAUUUUGCACCCGAAAGGACGGGUCUCGCCUGUACAAGAAGCGCAGAUGACUACUGUUACGGACACGAACGUUCACAAUGUCGCCAUAAAAGGCACGUUCGACGACUGUCAAGAUAUCGUGAAGGCACUGUUUGGUGAUCGUCACUUCAACGCCGCUCAUCGCUUAGGCGCCGUCAAUUCCAUCAACUGGGCCCGUAUUCUCGCCCAAACUGUUUACUACUUUCUCUCCUACUUCCACGUUCGCCGGCAAAUCUCCGCUCCUGCUUCCGCCGAUAUCAAGCUCGAGUAUGUCGUUCCAACGGGCAACUUCGGGGAUAUCUUGGCCGGCUACUACGCCAAACGCAUGGGGCUUCCAAUCCGACGGCUCGUUGUCGCUACAAACGCGAACGAUAUCCUAGCCCGUUUUUGGAAAAGCGGGCGGUACGAAAAGGUUGAUGCCGAUGCAGUCGAUGAUGGCAUCGCCGAGCCUGCACAUGGCGCGUCGGACGGCAAACAGACAGUGAGCGGAGGCGUCAAGGAGACGCUCAGCCCCGCAAUGGAUAUCCUGGUUUCCAGCAAUUUUGAACGGUUGCUUUGGUAUCUGGCAUACGAGAGUGUUGUGGGGAGACACGCGACCGAGAUAGGGAAGGUGGACGGCCCCAGCGCGGUUGAAAAGACGAAACGCAGGGAGGCUUGCCACAUCGUACAGGGAUGGAUGUCCAAGGUAAAGAGCGACGGUCGAGUGGAGGUGCCAGUCACGGUGUUGGAGGCAGCUAGAAGGGACUUCGCCGCUGAACGUGUCUCAGAUGAGCUGACCCUGAAGACCAUUCGCGAGCGGUUUGACGGUGAACCGUCAUACGUAGCCGAUCCGCAUACAGCAGUUGCCCUUGCUGCAGCUAAAAUCGUGAAAAGCACUAGUGCUCCGAACACCGUCCAGAUCGUUCUUUCAACAGCACACCCUGCCAAGUUUUCCGAAGCUGUUACGAAGGCUUUGGCGGGUGUUUCGCGGCACGCCACCAGGGAAUUCAACUUCGAGCGCGACGUUUUACCGGAUGAGUUCCGUGGGCUCCUUGAUAAGGAAAGAAGGGUGAUCAACGUUGAGCGGCCAGAUGUCGAGGAGGUCAAGAGGGUGAUUGAGCGCUUCGCGCAAGCUACAGAAGCUGCGCCGAACGACUUUGGUUGUGCUGUUUGAUAGCCAUGUCUAGUCCAUGGGUCUAUCCGAGACUUACGAUACGACGGGACAUGUCUGCUUGAAUACCAUGCUAGUCUUCGGACAGCGGUCUCAAAUCAAAAAGUCCGUGUGGAAGGUAAGUCGACAGAAAGCGGUAUCAUACAGCCUUCGGAGCAGCCGGAGGUACGAAAUAGGGAAGGUACGCGGAAAUCAAGGCAAAGACGGCCAAGGUAAGCCCUGACCAUCCGUUGCCUCCCUCUUUCGUUCGGAGUGGGUGUGAGUUGAUCACGCCGUUCACGGCAACCAAGAGAUUCGGCCAAGCAAGAUAUCUGUUCUUUGUGACCAUGAUCAAACCAGAUAGAAACAUGCCCGAAGAAACCAAAGGAUCAACCGGAGAGAUAGCCCAUG